CUAAACGCCCCAGAAAUAGUAUUUACACUGCUACUACUACAAAGCAAACUCACAUACCCAUGGGUCUUACAAUAUCUUCCCUUUUCACGUCGUUGUCGUCGCUGAUACGAUGGAGCAAAGACCAAGAUGUCCGUAUACUCAUGCUCGGCCUCGACUCGGCUGGCAAGACGACAAUCCUGUACCGAUUACAGAUUGGAGAAGUGGUUUCUACGAUCCCGACAAUCGGCUUCAAUGUAGAGACCGUUCAGUAUAAAAAUAUUAAGUUCCAAGUAUGGGACCUUGGAGGACAGUCUAGCAUACGGCCAUAUUGGCGAUGUUACUUCCCGAACACAUCUGCCAUCAUAUACGUUAUUGAUUCUUCAGAUCAUGCACGGUUGACGACGUCACGGAGUGAACUAUUGACCAUGCUUUCGGAAGACGAACUCAACGGCGUGCCACUCCUUGUAUUCUGCAAUAAGCAAGAUGUCGAAGGAGCACUAAAACCCGAAGAUAUCAGUGAACAACUUGGUCUCGCAGGUCGCGAGACGUCAAGACCAUGGAGUGUGCGUGGGAGCUGUGCAACAGAGGGGCAAGGUCUAGAGGAAGGAUUAGACUGGUUGGUGAAUGCAAUACAGAAAAAGUAGAAUAUGUGGCCGUCCUCGGGCACAUAUAUCUUCCUCGUCUCUUGCAUAUUUCUUUGGACAGUGGUAUACCCAUUGGUACAGCAAGCAUAAUUUAUAUUGCCCCAUAAUUCGCGCUAUAGAUCUGGAUGCUGUUUUACGAGGGACGACCCUACUCCAGCGGACGUUUCAAGGUUAAGGGUUCUAUGUUACUACUAAAUUGUUUAGAUGCUAGAGUUCGGGGGUAGGCAGCGGGACUUCUUACACCCUCCCUGGUCCUCCGUGCGAUUAUAUCUUUAACAGGACGUCAACAACUUUGGCGGUCAAUCGGACUGCUUUUUCCCAAUGCAUACGUGAGAUUUUGUAUGACUGUUCGAUUAUUUUUCUUAACACUUUUCAAGAUGCGUAGGAUAGCACGACGGGU